AUGUCGUCAGCUCAGUGCCUGACAAGCUUCAUGGGUAAACUGACCAGAAGCGACUGCGUCCAUGGCGACGACACGUACGAGUUGGAGCUCCGCAAGCGGGAGUCACUCGCACUCAUAAGGCUUCUCUCCGCGCUCCUCACUCCGAGGCCUGGAAGCAAGGCCGAGGCGGAAAGGGUUGCGGGUUGGCUAGAGGAUAUGGGCAUUCAAGCAAGUGUUGAAACGAUGGAUUGGGAGAGGGACGACCCGGCUCGAUUGACGAAUUUCGAGCUAGAAGCCAGAGUCCGCCGUUAUCGUCACUUGGGCAUACAUGCUAAGGAACGAAAGAUUCAUCACCUGUUCACUGGCCAUCACAAAGACGACCAGAUUGAGACAUUGCUGAUGCGGAUGAUAAGAGGCAGCAAUCCGUCCCUGCUAGGCCUGUGUGGCAUGCAGGAGACAUCUCCAAUCCCAGAAUGCGCUUCAUAUCGCGGCAUGCGAAACUUGGAGCCGUCGAGGCCACUGACGACCUUGCUGAGAGAGGCUCCUGCAGCAUUUCGGAAUGCCAGAGUGCACGCAGACACCCUGGUCGAGACACGUGUCGGCCAAGUCAUCAAUACAGGCAUGGACUGGAUCCGAGGACUGGAACACGGUGGCAUCAAAAUACAUCGGCCUUUACUGGUGUUCUCCAAGGAGGAGUUGAUUGCAACAUGCCUUGCCAACGAGAUCCCUUUCAUCACUGACAAAACGAACUACGAUCCUUCGUUCACGCAACGGAACGCGAUCCGAUCGAUGCGGAAAGAAGAACUUCCACGAGCUCUGCAGCCUUCCUCACUACUCAAACUGGCCGAAACAGCGAGACAGACAAAGAUCGAGAUGCAAGCGCGCGCCUUAGACUUCUUGCGCCAUGUCUCUGUGCUUGCCUUCGACUUUCGUUCAGGCACAGCUGAUAUCCGUCUGCCCCGCGAUUUUGCGCCAUUCGCCUUUCUGGACCGCAAUGCUGCAUCUAUAGUCGUCGCUCAGUUGGCAAGCCUUGUCAGCCCAGUCUCUCUCGAUGCGCAGCAGACCUUGGCGCCGUCUUCGAUAGUUGAGCAGUUUGCUUGGGCUUCACAGAAUGCCUAUCGGGGCAACCCCUACAACAGGCCCGCCUUCCAAGAACGGCCAAUAAUCAGCUAUGGCGACGUCCGGUUCCAAAGCUUACCCAGGCCUGAUAUAGCUUCCACCGUUUGGCAACUGUCGCGUGCACCUAUGACGACCCAGAAAUACGAGGAGUCAAAACGUACCCCAAUACAGAGGAUCCGUUAUCCAGAGUUUCCGCCACGGAGCGACAUCUUUGCAGAUAAUUACGUUACUGACCACAAGUUCGAAGAAGUGCUCGACCUCCACUCCCAUGGCUGGAGCAAAUGGUUGCUCUGGGAUCACCGCUUCUGGAUUCGAACUCGACUAGAAGAUGUCAGUAUGUUCAAACACGUGGAGGUGCGCGCCUACCAAAAAUCCGACGUGGAGGUCUUGAGAGAUCGAAUGUCAGAAAAAGACUUCGGACAGCUCAUAGAUGUCCUGCAGCAGUGCGCGCCCGGCAAGAUUAGAUUCACUCUGCCAGUGUUGACGGUAUUGGGCGAGGUAGUGGCUUUCCCGACGCUUUUUCGAACCCUGAUCAAUCAGGCAGGAUACGAUGCGAAGCUUGCCGAAUUGGAGCUUGAACAGGCCCCUCGCCUCUUUUUCGAGGUUGCGUACAAAUUGUUGCCAGAGAAGAUAGCUGAAUGGGGUUCAAAAGCCACCACGGUACAUCAACCUCAAGCGCAACAUUCGGGAGCCUACGAUACGUUGCGGCAUGUCACUGAUCCUGAGCAACUGCGUCUCCAUAAGCUACUGGCACACUAUGUGAAUAAUUAUGGUCCACUAGCGGAGGGCGUCAAGGACAUGCCCUCCGCAUCCAAAAGGAAAGAAAGAUAG